AACAAAAACCCAGAGCGUGAAACAGCUAACAGUGGAUCAAAAGUUUCAGUCAAGGACAUUUUGAGGUGGGAUUUAACUCUGGGGAAAAAUAAUGGAAUAAGUGAAGAGGAAAAUGAAGAAAAAGUCAAUCAAAGGAUUCUGAAGAGAUUUCAAUGUCCAAUGGAGUUUUAGAAUAUAACUCAGCUUUUGAUUCUUUUGAUAAGCACUUUUCACAAAGCCCUUUCCUUUUCGUGCUUCAAACAACCCCAUCUCCAAGCCGCCGUGAAAGAGAGGAGAAGGAAAAUUAUGAAUUACAGAGCUUAACAAGGUUGCAACUUGAAGAAGAAGAAGAAAAAGAACAAUGCAGUCCUGUUUCUGUUUUGGACUGUCCAUUCGAGGAUGAUGAUAGGCAUGUGGCUGCUGACGACGAGGAGGACCAUGAUGGUGAUAAUGGAAUGGACCGUUUCGAUCUUGAAUGCACCUAUGCAAUAGUACAAAGAGCUAAGCAGCAGUUUCUGCAAAAACUUUGUAGAUUCGAGAAACUGGCCAAAUUGGAUCCAAUCGAGCUCGAGAAAAUAAUGUUAGAACAAGAGCAAGAUGAUGAUGACAAUGACGCCGAGUCAUCUUCAUCAAAAAGUGAAAUGAACAUUGAUGGCUACAAUCUAAAACAUAUCCCAGAUUGCAUGAAAAGGCUAGUAUCCGAUAUCAUUGCCGAGGAAGAGACGUCGGAAUGUAACGGUUCCAUCAAUAAAAAAGCGGCAGCGGAAAGGGUAUGCACAAAACUGGAUUCAUGGAAAGAUGUAGAGUCAAACACCAUUGACAUGAUGGUGGAACAAGAUUUCAGAAGAGAUCAGAUUGAGGGUUGGAAAGGAAAUGAAGAACAGAUUCGAGAGAUGACAAUCGAAGUCGAACGCGCCAUCUUUGGAUUACUGAUGCAAGAACUGAGUGACGAACUAGAUUUUUUAAAUGGGGUUUGAAUUUGAUGGCUAAAUUUUUUGAAGCUAAGGUGACUUUCCUUUU